AUUCUGAAUACGUGUUCGGAUAAGGAAGCUUGUCUGAUGGCUUCUGUACUGCUGCCACUACCACAUUUGUCCACUUUGUUCGGCUAUCGCCGGAGCCGUAAAGUGUCGACCAUUCCUCGCGCCGUUUACAAUUCCGGCGCUAUUUCUUCCAAUGCCCACCAUAUCCUUCGUCGGAUUUCCAGUUUGUGUGAAACCGGAAACCUCCACGAGUCCUUUCGGGCCGUCGAGGAAUUCGCCGGGGACGAGAAAUCGUCCGAUGCGUUUCAUCUUCUCCGGGAAGCUCUCGGGCUUCUCUUACAGGCUUCCGGGAAAAGAAACGACAUUGGAAUAGGGAGAAAGAUCCACCAGCUGGUUUCUGGGUCGACCCGGUUAAGAAACGACGAUGUUCUCUGCACCCGAAUUAUCACCAUGUACGCCAUGUGUGGCUCUCCUGAUGAUUCUCGGGCUGUUUUUGAUUCCCUGCGGAGGAAGAACCUCUUCCAGUGGAAUGCUGUUAUCAGCUCUUUCUCAAGAAACGAGCUUUACAACGACGUUUUAGAGUUGUUUAUCGAGAUGAUCUCGGAGACUGAUCUCUCACCGGAUAAUUUCACUUUCCCAUGUGUGAUCAAGGCUUGUGCUGGGAUUUCUGAAGUUGGGGUUGGACUUGCGGUUCAUGGAUUGGUAGUGAAGAUCGGAUUGAUAGAGGACGUUUUUGUGGGUAACGCAUUAGUGUCUUUCUAUGGAACGCAUGGUUUUGUUUCUGACGCCUUGAAGCUGUUCGAUAUAAUGCCUGACAAAAACUUGGUUUCCUGGAACUCCAUGAUUCGAGUGUUCUCUGAUAAUGGUCUCUCAGAUGAAAGUUUCUUGCUUCUUGGAGAAAUGAUGGAGGAUGAUGAUGAUGCGCUUAUGCCGGAUGUUGCUACACUUGUUACAGUGUUGCCGGUUUGUGGGAGAGAAAGAGAAAUUGAAGUGGGAAAAGGCGUUCAUGGGUGGGCGGUAAAGCUGAGUUUGGACAAAGAACUAGUCGUUAACAAUGCCUUAAUGGACAUGUACUCCAAAUGUGGUUGCAUAAACGAUGCAAAGGUUAUCUUUAAGUUGAACAAUCACAAGAAUGUGAUUUCUUGGAAUACAAUGAUAGGAGGUUUCUCAGCAGAGGGGGAUGUACAUGGGACUUUUGAUCUUCUGAGACAGAUGCUGGCAGGGAGCAAAGCGGAUGAGGUAACCAUUCUAAAUGCAUUGUCAGUUUGUUUCGAUGAAUCAGUCUUACCGAGCUUGAAGGAACUUCAUUGUUACUCCUUGAAACAAGAGUUUAUACAUGAUGAGUUAGUAGCCAAUGCGUUUGUUGCUGCUUAUGCAAAAUGUGGCUCGCUGAGUUAUGGCCAGCGUGUGUUUAGUAGCAUAAGGAGUAAAACGGUGAACUCUUGGAAUGCUUUGAUCGGUGGCUAUUCUCAGAGCAGUGAUCCUAGGUUGUCUAUAGAUGCUUAUUUGCAGAUGAAGAAUUCUGGAUUGCGACCUGAUAUGUUUACUGUUUGUAGUCUUCUUUCAGCUUGUUCUCAACUAAAAUCCCUGCGGUUGGGAAAGGAAGUGCAUGGGUUUAUAAUCCGAAACCGGUUAGAUAGAGACUCGUUUGUUUAUAUAUCAGUACUCUCACUGUAUAUUCAUUGUGGGGAGCUAUGCACUGCACAUGUAUUAUUUGAUGCAGUGGAAGAUAAAAGCUUAGUAUCUUGGAAUAUUGUGGUCGGUGGUUACCUUCAGAAUGGGUUUCCUGAGAGAGCUUUGGGUCUCUUUAGACAAAUGGUUGUGUAUGGAAUCGAACCUUGUGAGAUAUCUAUUAUGAGUGUGUUUGGUGCGUGUUCACUAAAGAGCAAGAGAAGACCGAAAAAAAUGAAGACUUGCAUGAGAAUCGUUGUUGUCUUCUUCUGUGCGACCUUCCUCGCCAUUUCUGCUGCCUCUUUAAGCCCCGAGGAAACUUGCAUAAGAAGAAACAUCGACAGGUCGCAUCCUCCCAGUCCCAGCUCUUCACUCGAACCCAAGACGCCAAUGUAUUUCAUCUCUUUUGCGGAUGAGCUAUGCAGAGACACGGCUCGUGCGGUCAUGUUUUAUGUGAGGAUAACCGGAAAAUUUCCAUCUUACUAUGUGAAGGCGAUGUGUAAUGUGUUUGGAGAUGAUGAGGAUAAAGUGAAAGAGUAUGUUGCGGAGAGAUGGUUGGGAAAUUCGAACCUCGUGUCUACUUUAUCUUGUCGCUUAACUGAGAGUAGUGUUAAUCAGUCCCGGAUAAGAACAUUCGAACAAUUUACCGACGCACAAAACUUUCAAGGAAAAAAGAAAAUGUUGUCGAGAUUGUUCAAGGCAGGUGAAAAGGUUUUGUUGAAUCUGGUUAGCAAGAAAGAGCUUCACAUGGCGUCGAGGAAUAUGGAUAAUUCUCCCAAAGUGCAACAGCUUUACGACCUCUGCAAGGAGACUUUCACUGGGAAAGCUCCUUCUCCUGCUUCCAUGGCUGUCCAAAAACUCUGCUCUCUGCUGGAUUCAGUUAGUCCUGCAGAUGUUGGGCUUGAAGAGGAAGCUCAAGACGAUGAUCGAGGCUAUGGAGUUUCUGGGGUUAGCCGUUUCAACAGAGUAGGACGAUGGGCACAACCGAUAACAUUCUUAGACAUUCAUGAAUGUGAUACUUUCACAAUGUGCAUUUUCUGCUUCCCAACAUCUUCAGUGAUUCCACUGCAUGACCAUCCAGAGAUGACUGUGUUUAGCAAAGUCCUUUACGGAUCACUUCAUGUGAAAGCUUACGAUUGGGUCGAACCUCCAUGUAUUAUCACACAAGACAAAGCCGCCCCCGGUUUUCUACCAGCGAGACUGGCGAGAUUGGUGAGUGACAAAGUCAUAACGCCUCAGUCUGAGAUCCCUGUGUUGUACCCAAAGACUGGAGGAAAUCUCCAUUGUUUCACUGCGCUGUCUCCAUGUGCGGUGCUCGACAUUCUCACUCCUCCUUACAAAGAAAGCGUUGGCAGGAGUUGCAGUUAUUACAUGGACUAUCCUUUCUCCACUUUCGCAUUGGAGGAAGGAAUGAAGGCCGUGGAAGGGAAGGAAGACGAAUACGCGUGGCUUGUGCAGAUCGACACACCCGAUGAGCUUCACAUGCGUCCCGGAUCAUAUACCGGUCCAACUAUUCGGAUUAAAGAUGAACUCUUUGAUCGGUCCAUGUCCCAUCCACACGAAUGCAAGCAAUAUAUCGGAAAUGAGGCAGCAUUCAACAUAACAAGCGUCACUUUUGUUUCAACUUUCAAAGGACUGAGUCGGACAGUCAUUAGGUUUGUUGUAAAUCGUGGUAGGCACAUUUUGUCAUUUCAUCCGAAAUGA